AUGGUGGCUGAAGUGAAAACAAAAGAGGAAAUUCUUCAAGAGAAAACAUACACAGAAAGACAUUUUACAGAUUACAGAAUAGAUGAGAUACAAAGAGAGUACGAUGAAGCUAGGAGAAUGAGUAGAUGGGACAAAAAAGAUGUAAUGACAGCUAGUUUAAAGAAGAGAGACGAAGAGAGAAUGAAGCAAAAUGUUGAGAAGAUGGUAGACGAGUUGAAGAAGACAGCAGGUAAAAAUGAUGGUGAAGGUGAACAGAAGGAUGAAGAGAUGAAGAAAAAAGAAGCAGCUAGUGAAGAAAGUCAGAAUACAGCUGAUGAGAAGCUGAAGAAGCCAGCAGAAGAAGUUGUUGCUAAAAAACAAGAGGUGAUGGAAGAAGUUCAGAAGCAGACGACAGAAGAAGCCAAGGUGCCAAAAACUGAGUGCAAGAAAUGUGAGGAAAUAUGCAGAGCUUGUACGGAAAAGGAUGAAAAAUUCAGAACCAGAGAUAUGGAAUUUUCUAAAAUUGAAUAA